CCAUAAGGUCCAUAACAAAUGCCCAAUUAUAGCAGCAUAGGCCUUCAUCAGAACAACUUGGGGAAAGCCAAGACCCAAGAUCAGUGGUGGGCGUUGGUGGAGUUGGGUCCCACCUUCACAUAGCCCUUCGUUUCACCGUAGCCGAUUGACCAGUAUCCAACCAACGCAUUCAACCCAUAGUAGAUCUCUCUCUUUGCUGCUGGCGUCGAGGAAGAAACUUACCUUUCUGUCCAGGGUAUCCCUAGUUGUACUCCCACUGGAUAAUAAAGGAAGGAAGCAACGGGACUUUUAAUGGAAGGACUUGGUUACAUGUUCAAACAUGAGUUUAGUGGAAUGGGGUUUUAGUUGUCAGGGUUGGGAUUCAUUUGGGGUUGCUCUCACCUUCUAUGGUCAAUGAGGCUUUAAUGGGAAGUGGCUCUGAAGUUUGAUGUUUCAUGAAGAAUAGAGCAAUUUAUGGUUGUUAUGGUGGGGGCUUUGUGGGGUGGGGAUGGGGAGGAGAUAAGCUUUCUGACAAUAGAACCUUUGUUUGGAGAAGGGCAUCUUUCAACUAGUUUCCAUUGUGUGUGUGCUGCAUAUAGGGGAUAUGGGGGGCUCAAAUAAAAAAAUCUGCUAUGAAUUUCAGUUUUAAAGGAACCUUAGGAUGGAGGGUUGUUCCAAUACCACCCUUCUUAUACCUUUUCUAGUCAAAGAGUUAAUCUCACUGGACCCCUUCCCUAUACUUGCUGCUAUGAAGAGGUGUCUUUUGUAUCUCAAACCAUAUCCGACCUCUAUUGAGCAUGUUCACUUUCUCUAUGGAGAAUGACCUCAAAAUAGGUUCUCAUCUCCUGAUGCAUUCCUUGUUUCGUCUUUGAUUUGGAACAGAUUUUAGCUGAGAUAGCUAAUGUGUGAGUUAUUCCUAGUAGAGCUGGUUGUCCUAUUAUAUGCAUAGACAGACGAUCAGUGAUUUGAGCAAAAUGUCUAGCUUAUAAUAAAAGUUAUGCUAUGUCACUAGCUGUUGGGUUAUAAUGAAUGAGGUUACCAUUGUAUCUUUGAUAUUCAGUUUAUUACAGUUGAGACAAUGGAAUCCAUUGUUGAGUUCACCCCUUCUUGUGAAGCCCCAUGUUGAGAAAUAAGAUGUUUUUUCUCAUGUUUUCUCAACUGAAAAGCUGCAGUCUUUCUCUAUUUCAAGAUGCCAGUAGAGUGAUAGAAAUAUCAGAGGGAAAAGAGUAUCUGGUUUGACUUGGUGGCUGUCCCAUUACAAGCAUGGAGGAAUUUCACGUAUAGGUUCCAAUGGAAGUCAAUGUCUAUCACUAUUUUGGGCCAUAAGUGAACCAUUGUGUAAAUGAUGAUUUGUCUAUUACAUUGAAGCAGUAUUCUUAGUGAAGUUAUGUCAAUCUUUUUCUUGUGGUACCCCAUGCUGAGGGAUUUAGAGGGAAUUUUGAUCUCUUGUUUUACUUUGCUAGAACAUGCAUUCUUGCUGCAUUAUGAAAUGAGAAUAGGCUGAUAGAAAUUCCAAGAAGAAUAGACUGGUUUGGCUGUUUGGUCUGUGCACAUGUUCUCUAGUUAUCUUAUCUUGGAAUUGAAAUUUUAAAAUCUAAAAUAAAAUAAAGUUAGUGUUAGCUGAAUUAUAGUAUGUUUUAGCAGUUGUGAACUUUGAAAUGUGGUUUAGUUAGACAGUAUGAUUCUGGAUAAACAUCAUCUAACAUUUCUUUCUUUCAUUUCUUAGCUUCAAGAAGGAUUAGACAUUACGUGUGACAGGCUGGUGAAAUGGGUUUGCUUUAACAUUUUCACUUUAGUGUGGUCUAAGUAGUUUAUUUCAAUUUGGUUCUUGUAUCGGGAACUUCUUUGAAUUGCAACUAGCUUUAGGGCUAAUCUAUUGAAUCCUUUACAGUUAAUUUAAGGUACGCAUGAAGUUUAAGUGUAUUUUAAAAACCUAAUUAAAGUAAAAUUGCCAGCCAUAAUGUCUCAAUGAUGUUGUACUAUGAUUAAAAUUUCCAAUAUUACACAUGCUGAUAAGGUUUUUCUGAAAUAUAUAGGGAAGGAAAAUUGGAAGCUAUCUUGAUUCUUGUCUACUUCCAGGAGGCCUCAUGAAAAUAUCUGAAUGAAGCUAAAUUCCCUGGAAGCAGCCAAGAUAGCCCUACCCUGUGACAAAAUAAUAUUUCAACACAAUUAGAAGCUUUGUACUUAAAUUCCAUAAUUCUUCAUGUUUUAAUUGAAGUCUGCUAGGUAUGAAAGCUAGACACCAAGUAAAUGAGAUAGGCCACUUCUCUAAGGUACUUAUUGAUGGUUGUGAAUAAUAAUAGUAAAAAUCAUUUUAUGAUGUUUUUGCCCUGGAUACCUGUUUCAACUGUUAAGGAGUUUGGAUGGGGAUGUGGGAGGUUCUAAGCUUGAAUCCCUAUAUGGAGGAAAAGGAACAAAAAAUUUUAAAGAUACAAUUAAAAAUAAAAAUUAUUAUUUUAUGAUGUUUCUACCACCAUUUAUUCUUUUUUCUUUGUUUGAAAGUGCAGGGAUGCUUGGAAAAUCAUUUGCUUCUCCUUUGCUGACCUUGGAUUUUACAGCACGCUUAUCUUUUUCUAGUACUGAUCUUGCAACAGCUGCACCAAAUAACUUGAACUUCUCAAAUGGCAUUCUACCAAAUGUGACCAGAGGUGCUUGUACCUCCCUUGCUGCAACUAAGAAAUGGGAGUUGCAUUCAACGGCACAAACUGCAAGUAUAACACUGAACGAUGAAGAUGGGAAGGCAUGGGAAGCAUGCAAACAAGCUCUGUCAGUGUUUCAGUUCAGUGAUGAGGAGGAAGACAAGAUCCUUGGGAAAGCAUUUGGCCAUGUCCAUUCACCUUACUGGAGCGAAGAGCGGAAGAAAGAAGUCCCACAAUUUGAAAUCGUGAGUGAAAAACUGGAGUAUUUGAGGAGUUUAAACCUUUCUGAUGACGAUCUGGGCAAGCUCCUGAAGAAAUUCCCUGAAGUUCUCGGGUGCAGUCUUGAAGAGGAGCUGAGGAACAAUGUACAGGUCUUAGCCAAGGAGUGGGGAAUAGAAGGUAAAUCACUAAAAAACGUUCUUCUUCGUAACCCAAAGGUACUGGGUUACAACGUGGACUGCAGGGGAGAUUGUAUGGCACAAUGCACACGCUGCUGGGUUCGGUUUUAGCUUUCAUGAAACUUCAAUGUUCUAUCUAUGUCCAAGAUCUGUUUCUGCUCAAUUAUCUGUAAUUCUUUAAGAUGAAAAUAAUCUUCAAUUUCUAGCAUCGUAGCUGUGUUAUGUGUUGCAUUUUGAGGUCUGGCUGAAUGCAGCCAGUGCUACGUAUAAAAGCUGAGUUGGGUUGAAAUCCAUUGUAAUUUUUGCUUUGUAAAAGAUCUUGAUAUUCAUGUGAGAACACUCACUUUUAAUUUUAUUCAUCAAUAAUUUGAGGCUA